CUGGAAGAUAAUGUGGAAGGUUAUGCAUAGUUGAUAGUACCGUCGGCGUUGAACCAAUAGACAGGCCUCCACGCCCACGGCACCGGCUGCUCUUUUUCUUUUCGUCGGUCGCUACCGGCUACUCUGCUGUUCCCUUCCUUCGACACUCCAUCGCUUCCCCGUUUCAGCAUUUCGUGUUCGCGAAUCCAUCGGACGGUCGGAGUAAUCUCGUCGGAAACUGCAUAAGAAGAGGAAACCGUCGUCUUUCGCGAUCUCAGGAAGAAAAUCUAGCCGAUACUCGUUUCAGGUAAAGUGAGAUUCGGAACUUCUGAUGCUCCGCCAUGUGAUUCUCUCUCAUAGCAACUAUUGCGAUUCUCUCUGAUUGUUCCCUGGCUCUUCAAUCGGAAGUGACCUAGUUCCUGGCUAUGGUAUGUCUGCUUUCUUUUCGACUGAUUGCCCAUUUGUGAGAUUGAAUAUCAAUAGGUACCUGUCUACCCGCCCUCUGUUGCCGCAAUUUCUAGGCACAUGAAUGAGUUUAGCCGGGAGGGUAGUGCUUAAUUGCAUUGUUAACGACGUUUAAAUCCAUUCAAUUUCUGGAAGCAGAAAUUGCGCAGCUUUUAGGACAAUUGGAAGGUAUGGAUGAUGAAGCUCCCAACUCUCUCCGGCGGAUGUCAAGCAGGACCCGUAAAGUCGCUCCAAAGAUGGUCGCAGCCCUUGCCAGCACAGAUAAUCGUACUCAGGCGGCUCUUGCUCGUCUCGAAGCAUUGGAGAAUGAUAAUGCAGGGCUGGAAACAGUAGAACCUGUUGAUGACGACGAGGCUUCUCUUGACGAUGAUGACGAAGGAUAUGUUCAAAAGAAGGCCAAGGGUACUAAACGCAAAACUCGACAAGCGAAGGCACUUGAGAAUGCUAGGAAGCCACCAAGAAACUUUCUCGAGCUCUUACACGAGGCAAAUCUGGAGUCUUUGCCACCCCAAGUUCCAUCUUACUUGAGAGCAGCAGUUGGGCCACCAAGUUCAACAUGCCGCAGACAUUUCUGUACCGUUUGUGGGUUCGCUUCCACCUAUACAUGCGUGAGGUGUGGUAUGCGUUUCUGUUCUAUUCGUUGCCAGACCAUACAUGACGAUACUCGUUGUCUCAAAUUUGUGGCCUAAGGUUAAAAGCAAUGAAAAUGAGUAUUGCUGUUUGUACAUAUGAAACUGGAAUGACGUGAUGAAUAUCUACCGUGAUUUGGGGCGGACUAACUUUGAAUUUUACUUAUUAGCUAUUGAUUUCCACUUGUGACUACAGAACCCAAUAGUACAGCAUUCUGAAACAGAAGACCAAUGCUGGUAUGCUACCACCUCUGGAAAUGAGUACCAGAUGGUUUCAUUGACAAGAGAGAGAAAGCAAGUAUACAACUAUAAAACACGUAACUAAAGAAAUCAAACAAACAAAUAUAUAGAUUCUGAGAAACCAAGCCAAUCAGUAGCAAUAGUAACCAAAUAAUGUAAAGGAGAAGAAGUUCCAGUUGAAGUCUUCAACAUCGGGGUAGAUCCAGUGGUGCAUACUGCACAGACUGCAGCAGCCCAACUCCGUUCUCGACUAGCAAAGCCGUGGCCAGGCCCCAAGUCAAAUGUGAAUCAAUGUGGCAAUGCAGCAGCCAGAUUCCUGUUCCCACCAAAAUCAGAGUCAGAUGAGUUUGAAGAACAUGGAGGAAAUUGGGAGGAGGUGGAUCAAUGAGGUUGAAUUUAGCAGGAUCAGUUGAUGGAUUGAAGUUUCCAGUACCCAUCCCAACAACAUAGAAAGAGUAGCCAUGGAGAUGCAUAGGAUGCUCCUCCGCCGUCACGAUGCUAGUAUCCUGCAGCACAAUCUGUACUCUGGCGCCAAACUUGAGCUUCAGAAGUUUCGUCCCACGAGUAGGCUGCCAGAGCCCCCGACUCACGUUUCCGGUGUAGUCAAACUUCACAGGAGGCGUGGGAGGGAAAUCGGUGGUGAAGACGCCAGGCUGACCCUGAAUGUAUGCCUGCAUCAGGGAAUUCCUCCUGGGAAACACGAAAGACACAUUGUUGAUGCUGGCGGCCAAUCUGGUCCCGUUCGGGCCUUGGCAACGAGGACUGUUGGGAUUGGUACAGUUGAUAAGCCCCAGCCCUACCGUGAAGAACAAGUUGUCGUCAAUCUUGGUUGGUACGUUCACCUUGGAUUUGAGGCUCUUCACCUGGGAAGCGAAUGCACUGGCAGUGUUGGUGUCAUUGAAGGCCGGUAAUUGAGGAAGAAGCGGAGGUCGGCUCGAGGCAGACUUGUAUUCCAGGAUCGCAGUUGUGGUGGUGUUGUCGAAAGCUUGAUUCUGGCCGCUCUCAUAAGCUCGAGCUGCCAUGUAGUACUGACCAGGGGAUUGGUCAGCUUUCAGGAGAACAUUGGUCGUCUGGCCAGGCCCCACCAUCACGACAGAAGUCGUGAAGGGUUUUGUGUACGAAGCAUCGGCUUCCACGACAGUAAGCUUGUGGUUUGCCACUGCAAAGUACAGCUCUUGAUUCAAUGCCGAGUUGAUGAUCCUAAGGAGAAUCGUUUCUCCUGCUCUCACUGGGAACUUCAUGGUUUCUGCAGCGAUUUGCCAUCUCUUUAGUUAACUCAGCUAUUAGCAAAAAAACCAAAGAAAGAUUGGGAUUGGGGGUAGAGACUCCACCUUUGUUGGAGCAUCUGUAGAGAUCGCCUGGCUGGCCGUUAAUGGUGUAGGCAUCUGACACAUUCGGAGCUCCUCCAGUGAAAAGUGCCUGCUUCUGAACAUCCAGUGGAUUCCUAUCCCACCACUGCCCUGCAAGUUCAUUGAAUUAGUUCAGUACUUAGAAGUAUGGAAGAAGAAGAAGAAGGAACUUGGUAAGAAACUGAAUGUUGCAGUAUACCUAGCAUGACAGGGAAUUCUCUCUUAGGCAUGGGGAAAGGGUACGGAGAUCCCUUUUCCGGACGGACGAUGAGAGCACCAUAGACGGUGGCUCGGAGCCAUCUGCUGUGAGCAUGCCACCACAUUGUGCCUUCCUGGUUUUCGAGUGUGUAACGGUAAGUAUAGCUCCUCCCUGGCUGGAUGGGGCAUUGAGUCACGUACUCUGGACCGUCGGCCCAUGGAUUCCGUAGCUGCUUCACUCCAUGCCUGAACAAAGAACAACGUACAGAGGGUUCUGAGUUAUCAUGAAAGGAAUAUCUUGUUAUGCUGUUCACGAUGAAGCUGUGAUGUUGAGUCGACUAGUUUUACCAGUGGAGGGAUAUGUUAUAUUGAGCUUUGUUGAUGGCCUUGAUGACAAGUGUGUCGCCAUUUCGGACCUCCAAUGUCGGCCCUGGGAACUGGCCGUUCACUGUGAUGGUGCUAUGAGUUCUGCACAACCUCUUCACUGGUUUUGCUUCGAUCUGUUUCAGUUCAUUCAUUAUAAUUCCAUACUUACAUUUUGAACAGACCAAAUAGCAGAAGUGAAACGAAGGUGAGAAAAGGCGUUAUUAACACGUACAACAAAUUUGUGGAAGUGAACUUUAGCUUCAGAGAAUGAAGCUAAGAAUGCGAAUGUGAAGACGGCUAGCAGGCCAAGUAAGUAAGCAGAGGAUUGCUUUGACGGGUUUCGGAGAAGCUCCAUCGUCGCUGCUAUGUCGACAGAACGGAUUUUGUUUAUGGUAAUGGUUAAUGGGUUUGGAUGGUUGGAUUGCUGUGGAUGAAGAAGACGAGGGUGAAGUGUUUAUAUAGUGAAGCAUGCACUUACUCAGACGGCAUUUAAAAUUCUUUUGUUUGGGAGCUUAGGUGGUGACUCAAGAGAGGGUUCUUCUGUUUAACAGUUGCAGAGAGGGAAAACAUGAAGUUGGUCAUAACUAUAAUCAACGAUUUGGUGCACCCACUAAGUAAGCUUAGUUCGUUCAAUAACUAAAUCUCGUAGUUUGUUGUUCAGCUGGCGCACAUGUCCGUACUGAGUUGGUCAGCAUGCAUACCAGUUUUUAUGAAUUCAAAUAUAUGAAUAUUUCAGCAUACAAUUGACAAUCAAUUAUAUGAUUGUACGUGGUAAUUUAACGAGUCC